UGUAAAGUAGAGGAUUUUUUGCUCUCAAUAGUUCAUUGUCUAGCAUGUUGCCAGUGCAGUGUGCCAUAGAUCUGUAGCUGCUGCCAUGUGUAUGGUGCAUGUCUCUCCUAGCAGUGUGCCCUCUAUGAGCAGCCAUGGCUAUACAAGCAAUCCAGAGCACAGGAUACCAGUUCAGGAGGAUCCUCACCUAUUUCCCACAGGACAUCAGCCUUGCCUUUGCAUAUGGGUCAGGCGUGUUCAGGCAGUCGGGCACUGCUCACAACAAUGUUGGGAACAAUAUGCUGGACUUUGUCUUCGCGGUUGAUGACCCAGUUACAUGGCAUACAAUGAAUAUCAAACAAAACCGUGCUCAUUAUUCUGUCUUGAAGUACUUGGGCCCCAGACACAUCACAACUAUACAGAAUGACUAUGGUGCGGGAGUUUAUUAUAACACCAUAGUACCUUGUGAUGGGAAAGUUAUAAAGUAUGGUAUUGUCAGCACAGACAGACUUGUGGAAGAUUUACUUCACUGGAAGACUUUGUACAUUGCUGGACGAUUACAUAAGCCGGUUAAAAUAUUAACACAGAAGGAGAAUGGCCGCCUCCGCACAGCCCUUAACGCCAAUUUGAAAAGCGCUUUGACUGCAGCCUUUCUGAUGCUGCCGGAGAGUUUUACUGAGGAAGAGCUGUAUCUGCAAAUAGCUGGACUCUCCUACUCUGGUGAUUUUCGAAUGAUAAUUGGUGAAGAUAAAGCCAAAGUGUUGAACAUUGUUAGGCCCAAUGUUGCCCAUUUCCAGAAACUGUUCAGUAAUAUCCUGCAGGAGUGUUCACAAGCCGUGUACAAAGCACCAACAGGCAGAGUAGAGAUCGAUAAGAGCCCAGAGGGUCAGUUUAUACAAUUAAUGGCAUUACCAAAGACAUUACAGCAGAAGAUAACGCUUCUUGUAGAUCCUCCUGGGAAAAAUCGAGAUGUGGAAGAAAUGUUACUACAAGUGGCACAUGAUCCAGACUGUGGGAGUGUUGUGCAGCAGGCUAUUUGUGGCAUUGUAAAGUCAUCCAGUUUGACUCAAAGUACAAAGGGAAUCCUCACUGCCGGACUCAAGAAGACUGUAUCAUACAGCGCGAAGAAAAUUUACAAAAUGGUGAAAAGUCUUUUAAGAAAGAAGUCUUGAUUCUUUUUAUUGUUUUCCUAUUUUAUUAAAUGUUUAAGAUGUUGUGUUCAACAAAAUAUAUUAAAAAAAAAAAAAAUAAACACAUCAGGCAAAUCAUAAACCUUAAACAACGCUAUAUAAUGUGUUAUACUUGAGGAACCUG